GAGAGGAGCUCUACACAACUCUACAGGACUUUUAACCUUAUUUUAGUUAUCUAGAACCGUUUAUAAGGUUCUUUAAAGAGUUUUAUUCUUCACAGCAGUUUCUGAAAGCAGUGAAGAUGAUGCACUGGUUGCGGAGCCUCUUCUCCAGCACUGAGACUAAGCUGCUGGAGAGGUGGAGGAGAGAGGAGAGAUGGAGAGAGGAGCAUAAGUUCCUGCAGCUCCAGAGAAAAAUCAGAGAGAAGGAGUGGAGGAUAAAGAAGGAAGAGGAGAGGAAGAAGAAGAAGAAGCAGGAGAGGAAGAUGCUUCAGAAGGAGAAGAAGAGAAAAAGACAGCAGGAGAGAGAGAGACAGAGGGAGGUGGAGCUUCAGAUAAGGGAGCUGAGAGAGAGGGAGGAGCUUCAGGGCUGUGCUACACAGGUAGGACCUAUAGCCUCCUUCCACUCCUACCUGAUGACGCUGACUCCGCCCCCUCUGGAGCACACCUGGAGCACAAAACUGGGCUUCAUAGAGGAGGAGCUGGAGGAGCUCCAGAGGAGAGUGACUGAGCUCCAGAAAGAACGAGAGAGAGAGGUAGAGAGUGAGAGACAGAUGGAAGAGGUAGGAUGGAGGGAUGAGAAAGAAGAGAAGAAAGAAAGAGGAAUGCUAGAGGAGAUGGAAGAGUUUUUCCAAAAGAUGGGGAGAGAGAUGGAGAGAGUAAGGUGGGCUGAGAAAGAGAGAGAGAUUGCCAUAGAAGAAGGAAUGGAGAGAAAGAGUGAGAGAGAGAUAGGAGAGAUGGAGAAGCUCCAGGAACGAAUGAGAGAAAUAGAGAUGGAGAGAGAGAGACAGAGAGAGCUAGAGAGACAGAGAGAGGAACGACAGAGGGAGACGGAGGAGAGACUGAGAGAAGCAGAGAGGAGGAUGAAGGAAGUGAGAGAGACGAAACUGAGAUUAGAGGAGGAGAAAUGGAAGGAAAGAUGUUUAGAGAUAGAGAGAAAGAAAGAGGAAGAACUCAGAGCUGCAGAGGAGAGACUCCAGGAGAUUAAGAGAAAGAUGAGGGAAGAAAGAAAUAAGAUGAAGAGAAAGGAAGAACUAAUGGAGGAAAGAAUGAUGAAAGAGCAACAGGAGAGAGAAAGGAGAGAGGAGGAGAGUAGGAGAGAGCGAGAGAGAAAGAGAGAAGAAGAACAAUUAGAAAGAGAACGAGAGAUGAUGGAGAUAAAGAUGGAGGAGAAGAAAAAGCUAAGAGAGCUGGAGGAGAAACGAGAGAAGCUUGAGAAAGAGAAGAGAGAGAUGAAGGAAAAGGAGAGAGAGAGGGAAGAGGAGCUUAGAGAGAUGGAGAGAAAGAUGGAGGAAGAGAGAAUAGAGAGAGAGAGGGAAGAGGAGCUUAGAGAGAUGGAGAGAAAGAUGGAGGAAGAGAGAAUAGAGAGAGAGAGGGAAGAGGAGCUUAGAGAGAUGGAGAGGGAGAUAGAAGAGAGAAAGAAAGAGAUGGAGAGAAAGAUGGAGGAGGAGCGAAUAAAGAGAGAGAUGAAAGAGAGAAAGAAAGAGUUGAGGAGGAAGAUAGAGAAGGAGAGGAUGAAGAGGGAGAUAGAAGAGAGAAAGAUAGAAGAGGAGAGGAAGAAAGAGGAGGAGAGGAUAGAGAGAGAGAUGGAAGAGAGGAAGAAAGAAUUGGAGAGGAAGUUAGAGGAGGAGCGAAUAAAGAGAGAGAUGAAAGAGAGAAAGAAAGAGUUGAGGAGAAAGUUAGAGGAAGAGAGGAUAGAGAAGGAGAUGGAAGAGAGAAAGAAAGAGAUGGAGAGGAAAAUAGAGGAGGAGAGGAUGGAGAGAGAGAUAGAAGAGAGAAAGAUAGAGGAGAGGAAGUUAGAGGAGGAGAGGAUGAAGAGGAAUAUAGAGGAGGGAAGGGUAGAAGAGGAUGAGAGGAUAGAGAAGGAGAUAGAAGAGAGAAGGAUAGAAGAGGAGAGGAAGAUAGAGGAGGAGAGGAAGUUAGAGGAGGAGAGGAUGGAGAGGGAGAUAGAAGAGAGAAGGAUAGAAGAGGAGAGGAAGAUAGAGGAGGAGAGGAAGUUGGAGGAGGAGAGGAUGGAGAGGGAGAUGGAAGAGAGAAGGAUAGAAGAGGAUGAGAGGAUAGAGAGAGAGAUAGAAGAGAGAAGGAUAAAAGAGGAUGAGAAGAUGAUGGAGAGAGCAGUGGAGGUGGAGAAGAUGCAGGAGUUGAGGAGGGAGCACAUGGAGAAAGAGAAGAGGAGGAAGAAGGAGAUGAUGAGGAGGAUGUUCGCUCCGGGUGGGCUCAUCUUCCGCUCUCAGAGGGAGGAGAGUUGCCGUGGAGACGGAGGAAAGUGGAAGAACCUGAAGAACACCACGGCAACCACCGAGCAGGAGGAACCCAGAGAGCCGGAGGAACCACCACGAUCUCUCUGGCCCGUUUCCUCAAACGGAGAGCCGGUGAUCAUCUCCGUUCAGCCCCUCCACCCCCUCCCAGAGCAGCCUGAACCUUCUGACCCCCCCACACCGGACCCCACCAGUGCUCCCAGUACAGAGGACAGUGUGGGUGGAGGUGAGGAGGUGGAGGAAGCUCCUCCGCUGCAGCCGGAGAUCUUCACUGAUCCCAAAACAGCCUCCGAGGAGACGAGCGAGCCCGAAGCGAGCGGCGAGACCGCACCCAGCAGGAGUCUCGCUCCGUGGAUCAGUAAACCACUGCAGUGGAAGUUCAACAGGGACAUGAAGAAGAGCUACGAGAGGGAGAGGAAAUACGGCCAUCAGCUCAUCUCACUCAAAAACCCAAAGAGACUCAUCUGUGUGGCGGAGCACGAGCAGAACCUCCGACAGACUCUGAGAGAGAAACACGAGAAGCUGGAGAAGAAAUGGAACAAGUGACAGGAGAAAAACACCUCUGACCUCAUCACCACCACCUCCAGCAUUAACACCUCUGACCUCAUCACCAUUAUCUCCAGCAUUAACACCACUGACCUCAUCACCACCAUCUCCAGCAUU